UUUUUUAAUUUAUUUUUGAGCUCAGUUAGAAAUCCUAAUCUAAUGAAUCUAAUAUAUUACCCCACCUCUUCCGACUCAGGACCACUCGAACUUGGGUUCUCAAACUCCAUAAGCCUUUAAGACUCGGGGAAGUACCACUCAGCCCAACGUGGGUAGUGGUUGAUGUUUGGGAUUUUAAUUACUCUGUUUUCAGCUAUAUAGCUGGGGGAACAUAUGCAACAACUUGUGAAGCUAAAAACUCAUAAAAGAAAAAAAAAAGGAACCUGUGAAGCAAAAAUUGUUUUCCUUUGUCCUGAGUGAUCGCAUUACAAAUAAUGGAGUUCGAGGAAGGAUUGGAGCCAGUAAGUCCUACUGGACAGUACUUCAACAGCUCUGUGCUAUCAGUAUCCAUUAUUGCUGUUAUGGAAUUUGAGAUUCCAAUCAACAACCUGCCCUCCAUAAUGUCAUUGCUCAAAGAUUUGUUCCUCCCCAUCAAUCCUCGUUUUUCCUCCAUUAUGGUCACAGGUGAAAAAGGUGAGAAACAAUGGAAAAGAGUAGAAGUGAAGCUUGAAGACCACAUUAACGUUCCCAUUUUCCCUAUUGGAUUGUCACCUGAUUCAUAUGACGAAUAUUUUGAUGACUACGUAUCAAAGAUAGCAAUGAACCAUUUUCCACAGAACAAACCACUAUGGGAGAUUCACAUUGUUAAAUAUCCAACAAGCAAUGCAGCUGGUACUAUCAUAUUCAAGCUUCACCAUGCUCUUGGUGAUGGCUACUCUCUCAUGGGUGCACUUCUUUCUAGUAUGCAAAGAGCUGAUAAUCCUUCUCUUCCGCUAACAUUUCCCUUUCGCCAACGCUCAGAGUCAAAAAGUGAGAGGUUAAGAAGAGGGGUGUCCCAAUUCGUUCCCUUGAUCUUUAACACUAUACAUGAUUUUGGAUGGAGCAUGUUAAAGAGCAAUUUGAUUGAAGAUGAUCGAACUCCGAUAAGGUCUGGCGAAAAAGGAGUGGAGUUUCGACCAGUUACAAUAUCAACUAUGACAUUCUCUCUAGAUCAUAUCAAAUUUAUUAAGGACAAGCUUGGAGUGACCAUAAAUGAUGUAAUUACUGGUAUAAUCUUCUUUGGCACCCGGUUAUAUAUGCAAGAGGUUAGCCAGAAAUCAAGCAAAGCGGAUUCCACAGCAAUAGUGUUGCUCAGUACAAGGACAGUUAAGGGCUACAAGUCAGUCAAAGAGAUGAUCAAACCUGAAUCCGAUACACCAUGGGGAAACCAAUUCGGUCUCUUACAUGUAUCAAUACCAAAGUUCACAAAUCUUAAAUCCUCAAACCCCCUUGAGUUUGUUUUGAAAGUGCACAAAAUAAUCAGGAAGAAGAGAAACUCUUCAUCUGUAUACUUCACUGGUUGCCUAUUGUCGAUUAUGAAGAAACUAAAAGGCCCUGAGGCAGCAUCUAAAUACAUCCAUAGAGCAUCAAAUUACUCGAGCAUGUCGAUCUCAAAUAUGAUAGGGCCAGUGGAACAAAUGGCUCUGGUUAAACAUCCAGUUAAAGGCUUAUACUUUAUGACCGUUAAAGGACCUCAGAGUCUUACAAUUACAAUGGCAAGCUACAUGGGAAAUCUGAGGGUUGCUGUUGGCUCAGAGAAAGGGUUCAUAGAUCCCCACAAGUUCAAGUCGUGUGUGAUCAAUGCCUUUGAGAUGACACUCCAAGCGGCACAUGACAUUCCCGCAUGAAAAUAUAUAAUUUGAUGGGCAAAUUACAUUAUUAUUGGAGCUAAUAAAGUUGCAUUUGGUUUUGGAUUCUACACGUAAGUGUCUUGUGAAAGUUUUUAGUUAAAGGCGAAGGGAGGGAGGUUAGGGGCAGCAUUGUAUUUUUCAAAUCUCUUUUAAAACUAAUAGUUAAUAAUUUGUGAUUUGGCAAAGAGUUUUGUAACUUAACUAGCACUAUUCAGCGUUUCUAAUAAAAAUGUUUAGGACUCAAU